AUGACCGAAAGACUCAGCUCCAUUCUCAAGCACUUGACACCUGGUUCCUCUGGGUUGUCUCAAAUCACUUCAAAGAACGCCGAUGAUGUGGUUAUCACCCUCGCCAUCCGAACACCCCUCGCAAAAGGCUUCAAGGGAGGAUUCAAGGAUACAGAGCUUGACUAUCUCGUAUACGCACUGUUGAAGAAGGUCAUCGAGAAGUCCAGAAUAGAUCCUCAACUCGUCGAGGAUAUCUGCUGUGGCAACGUAUCAGAUGGCAAAGCCGCGUACAAAGUCCGAGCAGCAGCCCUUGCUGCCGGCUUCCCAAAUACCACCGCCGCUUCCACGGUAAACCGAUUCUGCUCGUCCGGACUGAAGGCUACACAAGACAUCGCGAACCAAAUUGCAUCUGGCAACAUCGAUAUCGGCGUAGCCAUGGGCGCAGAAAUGAUGUCUGUCGGUGGGGACCGCCUCGAGAAGCCCUUCCACCCUGAGAUCCUCGAGAACCAAGAGUCCAGAGACUGCAUGCAGCCCAUGGGCCAGACAUCCGAGAACGUAGGCAAGGACUUCAACAUCUCUCGCGAGAAGCAGGAUAGAUUCGCCGCAGAAAGUUACCAGCGCGCAGAGGCUGCACAAAAGGCUGGCUGGUUCGAUGAUGAGAUUGUGCCUAUCGUUGCCGAGGUUAAGGAUCCCAAGACUGGAGACGUCAAGAAGGUUACUUUGACCAAGGAUGAGGGACCAAGAUGGGGCACAACUUAUGAGGGAUUGAGCAAGAUUCGUCCUGCUUUCCCAGAUUUCGGUGAUAAAUCUACUGGAGGAAACUCUUCCCAAGUUACUGACGGAGCUGCCGCCGUUCUCCUCAUGAAGCGUUCCCGAGCCAUCGAACUCGGCCAACCUAUUCUCGCAAAGUACGUCGGCGCCACAGUCGCCGGUCUUGCUCCACGUAUCAUGGGUAUCGGCCCAUCGAUCGCCAUCCCCAAGCUCCUCUCCAAAUACAACAUCACAAUCGAUGACUGCGACAUCAUCGAAGUUAACGAGGCAUUUGCUUCCAUGGCAGUUUACUGCAAGGAUGUCCUCAAGAUCCCACACGAGAAGAUGAACAUCCGUGGUGGUGCUAUCGCCCUCGGCCACCCUCUGGGUGCUACAGGUGCCAGACAAAUUGUCACGGGUCUCAGUGAGGCCAGGAGACAGAAGAAGAAGAUCUUGUUGACGAGUAUGUGUAUUGGUACUGGACAAGGUAUGGCAGGCCUCUUUGUCAACGAACAGCUGUGA